UGAUCUUUGAUUCACUUCCAGGAUAAACUAUAUUAUACCUUGUCUUGAUGAAAAGAAUUUCAUUUACGGAUGCCAUUCGAUACUCUCUGCACAAACCCUUUGGUUCGAAAACUUCUGUCCCUCGAUAUUUUCGCCUCAAAAUUUGACAUUUUAGGACAUUUUAUUGCUUUCAUAUGGCCAAUACAUGUAGCUGGGAAAAAGUGGUGUAGUUUGUGUAUGUAUUCCCCUGCCAAAUUUCACUUGAAUGUGCACAAAUCUGUGAGUAAACAUGGAGGGCACACAGCCAGUGGGAAUGGUUGUGUGCAAAUGUUAUGCAUUUCAUGGUUCUGCCAUGGAGGAAGGAAGUCCAUAGUUGUGCAUAGAGUAGGCCUAUUGGCUGGGUUGACAUUGUAGUUAAACCAUUAAAUAUGGAGUGACAUUGGCAUGACUGGCCUAAAAAAGGAUUGAGGAAAUUUUCCCAGAGAUUUUCUUUGACCUGGAGGACUGAGGACUGUUAUUAGGUCCAGUUUUUUUGUGGACAGGCAGAAAGAGUGGUUCAGCUGGAGAUAUGGAACAGAUGCUUUACGUUUCUUCGUGAUUGAGUGUAUAGCAAAGCCGUCAAUCUGGAGACGUCUGCUUGCAUAAUACAAAUUGUGUGCUUCUCAUUUGAAACCAGUCCAGAUUUUCUGUUGAAGGACUCAUUGGCUAAGACCAUUUAGUACAAUCUCACUGUCACUGAUGCACGGGCCCCCUCAUCGCUAAAUGUCUUUGAAGUUCAUUUUAGAAUCAUUUGAGAAUGACACAUGUGACUCAACGCCAACUCAAGAUGGCAGCUGAACUAGAUCAGAUGCCCCCAAGACGCAAACCAUUUUGCAGGCAGACUGCAGUUACAAAUAACGUUGAUGUUGCUGAUGGUCCCAUAUUUGCAGUACAGACUUCCAAAACUGGACCCACAAGGCACUUCAGACAAAUCAAAGCCCCAUGUAAUCACUUCAGUCAUGAUGGUUGCAGCAAAGAAACUUCAAAUAAAGACCUUCAACAAAUGUUGCCAAAUUCCAAAGCAUCACAAAAAAAUUCUUCACAAUUGCAAAUGAUUCGAGAUAUUCAUUGUAACGGUCUGAAUCAUCAAUAUACAUGUAAAGGUGUUGGCGGAACCAUACAGCUUUUUGUAAAGUACAUAUACAGUGAACACUUGACAAGAUAUGACCAGCUUCUAUUUAAACAAAGAAGCAGUAUUACAAUCAGCUAUCAUCAUGAAACAUGUACACCAAUUACCUGGCAAAAGGAACCUGAAAAAGCUCCCAAGAGGAAAGACAUUUCAGAUGGCCUUCCCAGCUCAGCUGGAGCAGUUUUGGCUGACAUUUCCCAUCGCAAGGAUCUGUCUGAUGUUUAUCCAAGGAGGCCAGAGAGUAGUGGCCAACCGCUUCUUGAAAGUUACCCUGGAGGAGGCAGUCAAGGCAAAAGUCUUCAAACUUCAUUAAGGAGAAGCUCGAACUCCUUGGUUGAUGAACAGUUUGAUAGUGGGGACUCAGGAAGGCAACUAUCAUCUAGUACAUCAUCUUCACUUGACACUCAAGAGUUGGAAGCCUCAUCCUCUGACCGUACCAUCCCGAAAAUUGAAGUUAAUGGUGUAGUGAAACAAUCUCUGUCAGAAUCAGGAAGGCAUAAGGGGGAAGGUUUCCGCAAGUCCAAGAAGUCAAGUGGCUAUGGGACUGGGGGAAGUGAUGAGAUCCCUGAGGGGCAACAUUUUUCAAGUGUCUUCUUAUCAUCUGAAAAUUCAGUAAAUGAAGAAAUUCAUCACCCCGGAAGUUAUGAAGAUGAACGUAGAAGUUUCAGGCUAUCACAUUUCUCAAGUGAAGGUGGAGAACAUUCGUCACCGGGCCACAAUUUUAAACUUUCCACUGGUGAACGAAAAGUUCAGUGUCAAGAUUCAGAUUUACCACCAGAUGCUGCAAUCUGGCUUUUUAAACAGGGGACGCACAGGAAGAUUCCAUCUCACAUCGCAAAAAUAGAUAUUGAUAAUUUAUCUCAUUCACAAUGUGACAGAAUUUUCAUGGAAAUUCUCCAGGCCAAUCCACAAAUACCUAUCCCAAGAUGUGAAUGCUUUGAUCAGAGCAGUUUGAAGAAGGAAAGAUAUUCUGAACAGGUUUUCACAGAAGAGGAAGAGAAUAAAAGAUGUGCACGUGCAUGUACAUGUAUAGAGGCCCAGCUGGAUUUUCUUGAAAAAAUGGCUUUGAUCUCUAAAUCCUGGGCUAAUGACAUGCCUGCAGAUGCAGACCAAAGCCGGGAUCCAUCUGAGGCUACUGCCAGUUCUGGAGAGCAAUUGGAGUUGGAAUUCUCUGCGGAAUCAGAACCGUCACUCUGCCACAGUAGCAUCAGGGGUGAUGAUGAGAUUGAUGGAAAGACAGACGCACCUUGCCAUACCUCCUCAGGUACUGUUACCAGACAGACACCUUCCUAUGCAUCUGCUUAUUUGCCAGGUACCAACACUUCUCCCAGCUACUUGAACAAUGGCACUAAUUGUCUAAGACCAUCUGCAAGUGCCAGUCACUUCAACAAGGCAGGAAUUGAAAUGGAUGGAAGCGAUCGAAGAUACCCACAAAAGAACACCCAUGGUAUGGAAGGGAGCCGGACUGGUCAUCAGCCUCUGGCCAAUGGCUACUUGGCAGCUCAGAAUCACAGGGAGCAGUUGCAAGCAGAAGCUAGUCCUUUGAGGGGAGCAACAGGCUUCACAGAUCAUGGGAUAACAUCAGGGAGCAGUGAUGCGCGUCAUAUGGAACAGAGAGCUCCAUUUGAGGAAGUAGUUGCUAAUGGAUAUGCUGAACCCAGUCAUGGCAAGCGGUCAACUGGCUUCAAGGAUCAUUGUGUUGGAUGUAACACAAUGCAUAAUGGCAGAAUUUCACAUACGUCAUACAGAAUGGUUUCAUCUCAGCAACCCAGUAAUGGAUGCACCAAUCCAGUCGGACGGCAGGAUUAUAGUUCCCAGCUGGGUGAUCCUGAGCGUGCUGUAUACUGUAAGAAGAGAUGUCAAGACAACCGAUGCCAAGACAGCAGUUGCUUAUUGGGAAAAAGGCAAAUUUUGAAACUGGGGAGUCUUUUCCUGGAAAACAGGAUCAAAGAUGGAGGGCACAUCAUGGACUGUUUGUGGCAACACAGCAGUCGAUGCAAGGAGGUUGAAUGCAUUGUACCAUUCUGUGCUGUGUUCCGAAGGAGGCCUUGGCUUCCAUUUGAAGAACACUUCAGUCAAAUGUGUCGUGGUUCAAUCAGUCUGGAUCUCCAGAUGGAGCUGGUAAACAUCAUGACAAAGCAGCUCCGAUUAGGCGACUUUCUGAUCUGCCCCAUUAACCCGGUCAGUAGUGAGUUGUGGAAAACAGCUUGUGUUGUAGAGGGACAGUUCUUGGGAGACUUUGGUGAUUUCAACAUCUUGCGGGCUCGUAUUGCCUUUCAAGAUAAGGCAAGACACGAUGUUGUCAUCAAAAAGGCUCUUUCCCACCCAGACUUGAAAAAACUCUACUUCAAUAUCAACCAGAAAUCUUCACCUUAUAUCACGCAAAGCUACUGGUGCAGUGAUAUAUCAGGGAGCGAAAUGUUAGUCUGCUCAACGUAUUAUCCAGAAAUGGAAAGUUUGCAUAAUGCCUGGAUGGUUCAGGAGUUGACCUUUGACAUCUGUUUGACCUUGCUUCAACAAGUUCUUUAUGCUGCCAUGCACCUUCACUCUACAUACAAGAUUGUCUACCUCAACUGGAAGUGUUCCAAUGUGCUAUGGGAUGGCCGGACUACUGGUGAGAACAUCAAGCUUUGUAACUUCAACAAGGUAGUUCAGAUAAAGCCUGGUUGUGUGGUGCAGUGUCCUGCCAACAUCAUAGAGUCCUUUGAUCCGUGCUUUACUGCACCCGAGGUGUUUUGCAGGACUCCUCUGUCUUAUAAUUCGGAUGUAUGGGGUAUUGGCUGUCUGUUGUAUGAGAUGCUGUACAAGAAAUCUCCCUACCAAGACCACACCCACCUAUCUCCAGCAGAGAUGAGACAGUUGGUACGUGAUGAUCAGAUCCAACCCGACUUACCUUGUGAUAAUAGUCAACUCCUGGCACUUCUCUGUGACUGCUUGCAGAGGAAAAUGUGUGAACGUUUAACAACAGAGAUGUUCCUAGAGAAAGUGGAUGAUUUGCUGUCGGCCAAGACAGCAGAAGCAGAGAGAUGAUGGACACGUACAUCAGCGUCUCUUGUUAUGAUGCCUCUUGAUAAAUUUCUUCAGACAACAUGUAUUUCUGACUGAAGUGCCAUUGGCCAUUAGGAAACUGUUUGGCCACUGAACUACCGGUGCAGGCUUGCUAAAGGCCAUUAUUUUUAGGGGUUACAAUGGCAAGGAAAGUUUGUUGUAAAAGUACCCUGCAGCUGGAGAUUAAAAAAAGAUAAAAUACAUGAUGUUCUGACACUGAUGUUGCUUUAACACAAAAGCAGCUGAGAAGGGGGUUAAACUCUACAGGUUCUUCAUGAAAUUAAUAUUGCAAUCCAUUUUUGUGUUAGGCCUUAUUAAUGUAGGGUAGUGCAUUCAAGGCACCAGGGUGCCAUAAUUGUUAUCUCUAAUUUGUAAUACAUGCAUGUUCAGAGUGCUCAUUGGUGCAUCGUAUUUGCCUCGAGUUGAAGCACACCUUUACUGGCAAAGAUGAGACAGUGUAGUGGGAAGUUUCAAAGCAGGCUUGUGCAUGUGCCCAGCGCACACGUGGAGACCAUACGUUCAACUACAAAUUGGUUGGGCAUGCUCAGCAUGCCUGGGCCAAGUGCCUGGUUGUGAGCCUACACAGUGUGAGUUUCCACCAACUCACUGUCAUGUCAUUGCUAUUUAACAACAUCCUCCCUUGUUCCCACUCGUAUCCAGUGGCGUAGCUACAGCAGCUGAGGGGGCACCUGGGGGUGCACCAUUUUUUUCUGGGGGCACUGAAAAUAAAUGAACAAGGUAUAUAUAUUUUUUGUCCAUUUCAAAAUUUCAAAGGGGGGGGCACCCGGGGGACACAAGCCUCCAUCAGGGGGGCACAUCCCCCCCCGUAGUUACGCCACUGUUCGUAUCAGAUAAGGUACUUUGAUAUUUACAGAACACUUGGCUUGAUUGGAAUAAAAUGAAUUGGAUAUCUCAAGACGUAAAGGUAUCCAAAUUGGGUUCAAUCAGCCUUUGCAGAGCUGAGAUCUCAAAGUGAUGGAAUGGGAAGGAUGGCAAAUCUACCAUCUUUCAUUUGGCUGUACAAGAAAAGGGGCUCCAGGAGAGUUAAAUUAACUUUGCUUUGUCACACUAGGGUCUCUAGUUGGGUAAAUUUCAUAUGCCACUGUUUGUGUAGAUGCUCCUGUACAUGGACAGGAUAGGAAAUAAAUGGUUCAACUCUUAAGGAAAAAAGUUUGUCACAGGGUCCAAGAGUAUUUUAUGUAUUUCUGAGUUAGAAUCCACCAAACACGUUGAAAUCCAUCAGGUAAUCUACCGUGAAUAUUAUAAGCUAUUUUGAUGGGGAUGAAUGUAUUAUAUUCAAAAAGGUGCAGAUUUCUUGCAUUGUUGUAGGUGGGGGCUAGUUCGUGGUAAAAACAUAACUUCAAAGAGUUGUUAAAGGUUGGUAAAGUUUUGUGAUUUUUUUCAUUAACAAAUACGAUGAAAUAGCACAGUUAUUUGUAUCCUGCAUAAUUCUGCCUAACCGAGGUUUUUGUUGGGUUCUCUGUUGUAAUUUGAAUCGAACAACUAAUAUUAAACAACUAUUUUAAAGUUUUCUUAGUUUGCUUAUUACCUGUUGUAUAGUGAUACCAAGUCCAAUGUACGAAUUGCUUUCUUUGUAAUAUGAAAUGCAUCUACAUGUAAGCUGAAACUUAGUUAAAACCUUUGUCGGUUUAUUGGGGUUCAGAUGGUUACAUUGGUAGAAGAAGGUUAUAAUUCGAUGACGUUUUGUCUGUUUUAUUUUGGUCACGUAUUUACGUUGAAAGACGUCUUGCUGUGUGGAUAUUAAAAGGUGGUUGUAUCACAUAGCCAAUAAAUGUCUGUUGUAAAGAUUGA